AUGCAAGCUAGGUUAGCUGACAGUGCCGCAGGUACCUACUCAGGGGUAGCAGUAGUUGCUAAAGUUCCAUCACGCGCACUUUGCGCUGCCUGGCCGCCUGACCUUUUCCAGACCGGCCGAGUUCAGAUCGUGGGCAGUUUGCUCAACAAUGUUUGGGUCACCGGUGCAGUAAUGUAUGGGUACCCCCAAGGUAAGAUCCACCAUAAUGCCUUGGAAAGGACUUCAGACAUGCUUGCUUUUUUGGUUGACCAUCUCACUACAGUGGCAUCUGGACCCCGAUACUUGUGUGGUGAUUGGAAUUUUGAAGCCGCCCAACUGCCCAUCACCCAAAAGCUCCUGCAACUUGGAUGGAAAGAAGUGCAAGACAUCCAAUACCAUCGCACGGGCCUUAUGCCACAAUGCACGUGCAAACGGAGCACACAAAAAGAUGUCCUUUGGCUUUCUCCCGAACUUGUGGCCAGUUUUGUGGACCUGAACAUUGAACACGAUCGCUUUCCUGAUCAUUCGGUGCUCAAAGCCACCUUCAGCCUGAGUUCUGAACAUGCCCUUAGGUUUCUAUGGCCAAUGCCACUGCCUGUGCCAUGGCCAAGAGUUCCAGACCUGGAGCAUCCGGUAGCCUUUGACACUGCACCGCCCACGCAACAAUACCAGAAGCUUUGGACUUCCAAAGAAAGCUUGGCGGCCUCUGCACUAGGCGAUCAAUGGAAUCCUUCCAUGCAAGGCCGAGGCCAACGCCUGGCACCUACCCAGCGUAAGGGUUGGACAGCCCCACCCAAAAAAGGCCGGAGCAUAGAUGCUCAACCCAUGUUCCAUGGAUACAAUGUCCAACAUGCCAGGUGGAUGAAACAACUUCGCCGGCUGCAGAACUACAUGCGUUGGGCUCAGCAUCACUAUGGACAUGCAUCCAGUGAAGAAGCUCUUCAUGGCCUAUACCUGUGGAAAAGCAUUCUCAAUGCGCAUGGUUUCGGCAGUUCUUUCCAAACAUGGUGGCGCUCACGAGAGUCCAUUGGACUUGGUGACCCUGGAUUUGUCCCGGAUUUUCCCCCACCUGCUGAUGUUGCCCAGGCCAUAGGUGACAUUUUUCAUAGUGAAGUUGCCAUCUUGGAAAGAAAACUUAGUGCAGCCAAAAAAGCCACCAGGAUCAGCCAGCACCAGCGUGAUGCCAAUCUUAUCUACAAGGACACCAAACGCACCCCACCGGAGCCAGUAACCAGUUUGCUGAUCACCCAAAGGGCCGUGGUGACUGAGAUUGAUGACCAAGAUUGCGCAGUGGAUUUUGAACCACCGAGUUGUUUCGAUGAAUCCAAGCCAGUGCUAGUUGGCCACAAAGCAGUGCCAAUUAUCCAUGCCACCGAGAAUCGCCUUUACCUUGAAGACCUGUCUUCCAUGCAACCUGAGACAGUUUUGCACCAAGCCCAGCCACUUGGAUCUCUGCCUGAGAUUUUUGCAGCGUUUCACGAACAAUGGCAGCAGAGGUGGUGUCGUCACGACGAUAUUCCACACAGCAGGUGGCAACCCCUGAUCGACUUUGCCAGAGCCACCAUGCCCAGACAACCAGUUGAUCCGUUGCGUUUGACACCAGAGCUUGUUCGCGCAGAAGCCGCUGCCAAAAAGACCCAUGCUGCAACUGGAUUGGAUGGCGUCAGUCGAUUGGACGUUGUACAGGCCGAUGAUAUCAUGCUGAGGAGCAUUUGCUCUAUGUACACCCGAGCAGAGACCACAGGUGAAUGGCCAGCUCAGAUCACAACCGGCCGUGUGGCUUCCUUAGCUAAAAAGGAAGGAGCAGCUACCACCAAUGAGUUCAGACCUAUAACCAUCUUUUCUAUGCUCUACAGAGUGUAUAGCAGCCUUCAUGCCAGAAUGCUCCUGCAAUGGUGCGACCAGUGGGCACAUCCAGAUGUCCACGGAAACAGGAAAGCCCACAGUACAACACAUCUGUGGCGCACCAUUGUUGCAGACAUUCAGGUUGCCUAUGACCAAAGCCGAACGUUGAGCGGCCUGACGGCUGACAUCGAGAAAUGCUUCAAUUGCCUUCCACGUUGGCCCAUCCUUGCAAUUGCCCUUCAUGCUGGUGCACCCGCAUCAGUCCUUUGUGCCUGGGCAGGAGCCCUUGCCAGCAUGACCCGACGUUUCAAGGUUCGUGACUCCUACAGUGAAGGCUUUCUCACGAGCACUGGACUUGCCGAAGGCUGUGCCCUUAGCUGUUUUGGAAUGCUGUUGCUGGACGACUUGUUGCACAGGUACAUCCAAAUGCAAUACCCUGCCAUCAGGGUUCUCAGCUUUGUGGACAACUGGGACUUUUUGACUUGGGAUCCCACAGUUGCCGAGCGCCAACUAGAUGCCUUGUUGGAUUUUGCCCAGCUCACUGACCUUACGGUCGACCGCAAGAAAACGUUUGGAUGGUCCACGUCCGCCGAGGUCAGAGCCGCCAUGCGUGCCAGUGGUCUCCCAGUUUUGCACUAUGCUCGAGAUCUAGGUGCUCACAUUGGCUUCUCACGCCAGCGUACCAAUCGCACCGUCAUGGACAGACUCGAAGGGCUUCAACCCUUUUGGCAGCAACUCAAGCAGAGUCGUGCCGGCUUCAAAUCAAAACUCCGUGCCUUACGCACAGUAGCAUGGCCGCGUGGCCUCUAUGCCAUUGAAAGUGCCCCGGUGAGCUUCAGUACGUGGACGACACAGAGAAGGCAGGCGGUCCAGGCCUUGCACUUUGACAAGGCAGGGAUUAACCCACUGCUGCUGCUUGGCUUGGUUGAAGCCUAUGUUGACCCUGAGUUUGUCGCUGUCCUCCGUACGGUUUCGGAAGCUCGACUCCACAGCCCUCUGGACUUUUGGGCGGGUGAACUGUUCCCCUUGGCCAGUGGAUUUGUGGAAAGUCCCCCGACGUCCUUGGCGACGAUCUUGCUGGACCGUGUCCAUAAGCUUGGCAUUGUCAUCCAUCCUGAUGGUCAAUGCGAAGACCAAAUCGGAAAGUUCCAUCCAGGCCUUGUCAACCAUACCGAGAUGUGUCACCGCCUGCACUGGCAGUGGAAUCAGUACGUGGCCAGCCUUACUGCCUAUCGUAAAGACUUUGCAGGGCUCAACAUGGUCGAUGCGACUGCCACUCGACAGUGCCUUGCCAAAUUGGCACCAGAUGAUCAAGCUUACUUGCGUGUCAGCUUGGCUGGUGGACUUUUCACACAAGAUGCUCACAAGCAUUGGAACGACCAAGCCGGUCACUGCAAGUGGUGUGGCCAAGCACACAAACGAUUGCAUCAGGCGACCAGCCAACACGAUGCGUGGAUGAUUUGGCACAACAAUCAGGUUGAUGCGGUGGCAAAAAGGGCUAAUUUGGCCCGAUCACAGGAGUUUUGGAAGUGUUGGCAGGUACAUGUGGAUGCAGUACAGACAGCAGCAGUCCUACAUAGGCAGGUGUGUGAGCUACACUUGGCAGUGGCUAAGCGUAGCACACAGGCUGAUCGUGAGCAGACGUUGGAUGAUGUGGCACCACCGGUUCAGCGACCGACCAGAACUUUUCCUAUGAAGUUUGACAAGGGGGAGUGGACAGGUGAAAUGCCUCUUGCCUUCGCCAAUGAAUACGGCGCUGGCCUGGCACAGAGAAUUGUGCAAUGGUGGCUUGCGCGUACAUCAGGUACAAGUGUGGGACCGGUGAGGUGGAUCACCUUCGCACAUUUGUACGUUGAUUACCAACUUGCAUGGGGCUGCCCAGGACCAGUCAAGAGUGGAAAAAGAUGGCUUGAUCCAUCAACCAGGCCUUAUCUCGAUCCAGAGCGACAUCCUUUUCUCCAUCGACUGAAAUGGUUCAAACGCUGCUUGAAGGUUCUAUGGAAACACACCCAUCAGACCGAAGGAUUGGCGUUUUGCCGUGGCGAAGGAGACAGCAUCCAAAGUUUUGUGGCCACAGCAUCACUGCAAUGGUGUACUGCUAGCUGGGCCGGCGCGGAGCUGUGGUUGUCCCAGGAGCUCGAAAAGCCUUGCCUCAGAGGCACUGAUAGCUUGAAGGCGUUGCCCCUUGCGAAAGCACAAGGUCGAUACGCCAUUUCAAGGGAAGCAGGCCGCAUGUCCGCCAAGUACAGCGCAGUGGCGGAGAGAAUCAGCGAAGCCUUACCCACGAUCAAGAAGAUGGAGCAGAUGGCAGCGGCUCGCGCGGUCUGGGUGCAUCAACCCUUGCCUGUGACGGAGCCUCAAGAGUUGGUGAGCCUCACGGUGGCUCCUCCCCUUGCUGAGCCGGCGCAAUAG